ACCCAAUCGAGGUCCACAAAAAUAUGGAGUAGCGUACUCUUCUGGCACUCCUAUGCGUUGAACUUCGCCUCGCCAUCUCAUCUGCCCAUCCGUGAUUUUCCAUCGACCGGCCAGGCCUUCCUUCUGUAUAAAGCGUCUCCUAAAUCACCGCAGAGUGUACACCCCCACAUAUCUGAAACCCAGUCAUCUUCCUUUUGCUCUCUGCUUUGCUACCCUGUUCCCCGACCAUGGCGGCGCUGCUGGACGAGUUCGCGUCCAAGCUUGUGGGCAUCCUGGCAGGCAUGGUGAAGGAGGAGGUGGAGAUGCUCCUCGGCGUGCCGGGUGAGGUCACCAAGCUCGAGACCACGCUCCGUGACCUGAGCGACAUCUUGGGUGAUGCGGAGAGGAAGCGCAUCCGUGACAAGGCUACGGAGGGUUGGGUGAGGGAGCUCAAGGACGUCAUGUACGACGCCGAUGACGUCCUUGACCUCUGCCAGCUCAUGGAGGGCGGAGAAGAUCCUCCCGCACCAACAUCUGCUCCGAAAACCACCUCAAGGUGCUGGGACAUGCCCAAGAUGUUCUUUUGCUUCCGCAACCCUGUUGCGGCACAUGAGAUUGGAACGAAGAUCCAAGCGAUCAACCAGCGACUGGAAGACCUGGCAAAGAGGAGCUCCCGUUUCGGAUUCAUCACCCAAGCCAUCCAUUCCUCAGCUGAUUCAAUCAACAAAGCUUCCAAUUCUUUGUCCGACGAGACUGGAUCGGUUUUUAUCCGGUCUGAUGUUGUCGGCGAGAAGGUUGAGGAUGACACGAAGAAAAUUGUUGAUCUACUCAUCAAGAAGGUGGAUGCUCCUAUAGGAUCAAGGGCCAAUAGUGAUGUGGUUGUUGCUGUUGCUAUCACAGGCACAGGUGGGAUAGGCAAAACCACUCUUGCUAAGAUGGUCUUCGGUGAUAGUAGGGUGGAGGACAACUUCGAGGAAAGGAUCUGGUUGAGCGUUAACCGUGAGUUCAAUGAGAUCAAUGUCCUACAAAGUCUUAUAGCUUCUUUUGGUGCAAAACAUGAGGGCUGUGCGGGAAACAAGGACCUACUUCAGCGUGCCAUGAAGGAUACGAUCCGGCAAAAGAAGAAGUUUUUGUUGGUGAUGGAUGAUGUGUGGAGCGAAGAUGUGUGGUAUAAGCUGCUUAGAGAGCCGCUCAAUCAUGGUGCUUCUGGCAGUCGAGUCUUGGUGACCACAAGAAAUGAUGGAGUUGCUCGUGGGAUGAAAGCUCAACAUCUCCAUCGAGUUGACAAGCUAACAACGGAAGAUGCUUGGAUUUUGCUAAAGAACCAGGUAGUUUUGAAUGAGAGUGAUGAAGCUGAUGUCGAUGAAUUGAAGAGUAUCGGGAUGGAAAUUGUUGAAAGAUGUGACUGCUUGCCAUUAGCAGUUAAGGUCCUUGGAGGACUCUUGCGCCGCAAAAGUAGAACAAGAGAUGACUGGACGGAUGUUAGUAGCCAUGGCACUUGGUCGACAACUGGAAUCCAUGAAGAUAUUAAUAAAGCGGUCUAUUUGAGUUAUGAAGACUUGCCUUCACACCUGAAGCAAUGUUUUGUGUAUUGUUCGCUAAUCCCUAAAGGUUACUUGAUUUUGAGUGCAGAAAUAGUCAAGGUUUGGAUUGCAGCAGGUCAUGUACACAACAAGAUGAGCUGUAAGGCACCAGAAGAGUUGGGGGAAGAAUACUACAAAGAAUUGGUUUCAAGAAAUCUUCUAGAACCAGACAAACGUUACUAUAGUACAAUAGCAUGCAGCAUGCACGAUGUUGUCCGUUCCUUCGCUCAGUAUAUAAUUAAAGAUGAAGGGAUACUUAUUAGUGAUGGGCAGGAUGUCAAUAGAACUCUUAGCACUGCAAAGCUUCGGCACCUAUCUAUCUCAAACAAGGCAGUAGGGCAUGACACUUUGCAAACACAAGCCUUGCUUAGAACAUUAAUGUUAUUCGGAAGCAGCACCACUGUUGAGUUGAAGGAUAUGUUGAACAACCUUUCUUGCCUAAGAGUACUACGUCUGAUAGAAGUAGAUCUAGUUGAGCUGCCAGACUCCAUAUGCCACCUCAAACAUUUAAGAUCCUUGUGUCUUUCUGGCACAAGCAUAUCCACAAUUCCUCAAGGCAUAGGAGAUCUAAAAUUUCUACAAUCUAUUGACCUUGAUGGGUGUGCAAAUAUUCAUCAACUUCCUAACAGCAUCCUAAAGCUGCGGAAGCUAAGGUCACUCAACUUGAGCGACACGGCAAUCACUUCAAUUCCUCGUGGCUUGGGAAAACUAGAAGAUUUGUUCCACAUAAGCGGGUUUCCAACACAUUAUUCAGAUGAGAGCACAGGUGGCUGGUGCAGCUUAGAAGAACUCAGACCUCUGUCGAAGCUCCAACGCCUUAAAAUAAGUUGUCUGGAGAAGGCACCUUCCGGUUCUAUGGCUGCUAAAGCAAACCUUAGCAGUAAACAUCACCUGAAAUGGUUAUAUUUGGAAUUUACCAGCAGGCUAGGAGACAACGGGGAGGUCGAAGGCAACAUUAGCGAGGAGGAACACAGGAGAACAGAGGAGGUGCUGGAUAAUUUGUGUCCUCCAACUUGCAUGGAAGAACUUGAUAUCACAGGCUACUUUGCACGUGGGCUACCGCAGUGGAUGAGAACCAUGUCAGCCUUUGGGAGCUUAAGGCGGUUGCAGCUAGAUGACUACGCAUGCUGCACGCAUCUACCUAAUGGAUUGGGGCAGCUCCCCUUUCUUGAUUAUUUUUGGGUCGAUCGUGCUCCGUCUGUCCAGUGCGUUGGGCACGAUUUCCUCUUCCCCUCCUUGGGUGGUCAAGCCGAUGGCAAAGUAACACGGAACAAUAAGAGGCAGCCUCAUCAUACUUCGCGUGGUGCUGGUGUUGCUUUUCCCAAGCUGAUAACAUUGGGUUUUGUAGGCAUGCUGGGAUGGAUAGAGUGGGAGUGGGAGCAGCACGUCCUAGCGAUGCCUGCACUAGAGGAGCUUACAAUCAGAAACUGCAAACUGCAACGCCUUCCUGCAGGGCUUGCACAACAUGCAUGCCGGUUGAGACAGUUGAGCCUGACAGAUGUCCAGCACUUGGUCUCUGUGGAUAACUUCCCUUCACUAGUCAAGCUUCGGUCAUAUGACAACCCAAGGCUGGAGAGGAUCAGCAACAACCCAAGCUUGCAAUUGAUUGACAUUAGCUAUUGCCGAGCACUAAAGGAAUUGGAUCGUUUGCCAUCCCUUCGAAGCCUCCUGUGGUGGGAUUUGCGUGCUGAAGCACUCCCAAAAUACUUGCGAGAGGCAACGCUAAAGAAAUUGCGUGUAGAUUGUAGCCGAAGUUUGCUCAAACUGAUAGCACUACAAGAUGAAUCCUCCGAAUGGGGAAAGAUCCAGCAUGUCCAGCAACUAAAGGCGUAUGGACGCAAGAUAGAAGGAGAAGCGGAGGAAGCCGACCAAUCGCACGAAGAUGAGGAUGCCGAGUGGUACAUCUACUGUACCAAGGAGCCGUAUUCAUUCGACGCAUACCUGGGCAAGUCCACGGGAUGAAGAUGAAGCAGAAGUAGACGAGGUGAACGAAGAACAAAGUCCAGGAAUAGAACAUAGUAAGAAUGCAAGGAACAGAGGAAGCUCUCAGGCUGUUACGACAGGACGAGCAUUCGAAUCAAUCCACCAAAUACUAGGAGAAAGAAACCCAAGAAGGAGAAGAACACAUCGCAAUUGGGUGGUGGCAAUGUGGCAUACUGUCCCUCAAAUUCGAAGGGAGCGCCAGCACGGGCGGCCUUGGACUCGUUGGAGCGAAUACGCGUCGGGGACGAGCGAUGUGCUGAGAGCUGAAGCACUGAACGUGCGCACGCAGGGCAGCAGGGAAGGGAUUUGCACAUUUAGCUCCUAGGAUUUGCACUUUCUUGUUGCCGUAUUUGUAGGCAGGUCUGCACUCCAUCCCUUCUUUUUGGUUGGUCCGUGCUAGCUCGUCAGACUUUCUACAGUGUUUUUGAAUGUUCGAUAACAAAUGAGUGUAGGAAUUUGCAGACGUGCUCUAUGAUGCCGAGAUAACAAUUGCAUCCCCCCCUCAUGGAUCCUCUGGAAAGCUGAAGCUACUCUGCAAGACUGCAACGAUUCAUUUGCACUGCCAAACAAACGAGCAUGACAAAUCGUAGGUCUCCCCUGCUAGCAUGGCAUAGGAGCUGAUGGACCACCUCUGAAGCUACUAUAUACUAUAUUCAUGUCCAUUAUGGUGUGGACAUGGACUGAUGGACCACCUCUGAAGAUAUAUUUCACGUGGAGUUUAUUAAUGAAAGUGUCUUUUUUUUUACUACGUCGAUAUCCUAGAACGUAUUUAAAUUUAUAAUAAAUGUAAUCUGAUAUAUAUGUUUCAGACUUGUUUGGUCCA